CCUGACCCGAGGAGAGCGCGGAGAAGUCCGCUCGCUUUCCCCUGCCGGUGACAGCCCUUUUGCCGAGAGCUCUUUUGUUGCCUCCGCAGCCAAUCAAGGCUUUUUACGACACAGUUCAGUUGGGAUAUAAAAGGAGAGUCCUUCUUUCUUCCCCCCCCUCCUCUCCUUCCCCCAACCAGCAAGUCGCCCCCCCAUCUCCAACCCCAAAGAACUUAGCGGCGGCGGCGGCACCACCCCCCAAGCACCCAGCAGCUGCAGCCCAUCAUCCCGAGGCCGAGCCAGAAGAGAAAGGAGCAGGGCUUGCUGGGCUAGGGAGCGAGCGAGCGAGCGGAGAAGCGCCAGACAUGCCGGUGCCCAAGUCGACCGUCUUCUGGGGCUUCCUGGUCCUGUCGCUGGAGUUCUGCGCGGGCGAGCCCGGCGAGAAGGCGCCCACGGAGGGCGUCCCCCUGGUGACAGAGCCCGAGGACCAGAGCUGCCCGGUGUGCCUUUGGCGCAAGCACAGCAAAGAGAUGAGGCUGGAGAGCAUCAAGUCGCAGAUCCUCAGCAAGCUGAGGCUCAAAGAGGCGCCCAACAUCACCCGCGAGGUGGUCAACCAGCUGCUGCCCAAAGCCCCGCCGCUGCAGCAGAUCCUGGACUUGCACGACUUCCAGGGGGACUCCUUCCAGCACGACGACUACCUGGAGGAGGACGAGUACCACGCCACCACCGAGACUGUCAUCAGCAUGGCUCAAGAAACGGACCCAGUGGUACAGAUCGAUGGCAAUCCACAUUGUUGUUUCUUCAACUUCAGCCCCAAAAUUAUGUUCACCAAGGUAGUAAAGGCACAGCUCUGGGUGUACCUAAGGCCUGUUCAACACACAUCCACAGUUUAUCUACAGAUCCUGCGUCUUAAGCCGGUGACAGAAGAUGGGAGCCGACAUAUCCGUAUCCGCUCACUCAAGAUUGACCUGAAUUCACGCAUUGGCCACUGGCAGAGCAUUGAUUUCAAGCACGUGCUCCAGAACUGGUUCAAGCAGCCUCAGAACAACUGGGGUAUUGAGAUCAACGCUUUUGAUCCCAAUGGCAAUGAUCUGGCCGUGACUUCUCUUGGGCCUGGUGCUGAAGGCCUGCACCCGUUCAUGGAACUGCGUGUGCUGGAGAACAACAAACGGUCCCGAAGGAAUCUAGGCUUAGACUGUGAUGAGCACUCAACUGAGUCCCGCUGUUGCCGUUACCCCCUGACUGUUGACUUUGAAGCUUUCGGCUGGGAUUGGAUAAUUGCCCCGAAGCGGUACAAAGCCAACUAUUGUUCAGGCCAGUGUGAAUAUAUGUUCAUGCAGAAAUAUCCCCAUACCCACUUGGUGCAGCAAGCCAAUCCCCGGGGCUCAGCAGGGCCGUGCUGUACACCCACCAAGAUGUCUCCCAUCAACAUGCUGUAUUUCAAUGACAAACAGCAGAUAAUCUACGGCAAAAUCCCUGGCAUGGUGGUUGACAGGUGUGGAUGCUCUUAAACUCCCAGCCUGUUCUGUUCCAUUCUUUUUCCUGUUUCCCUCCCCUUCUAGCCCAGAUUCUUGCUUUCGAGAUAGACCCUGACAUUGAUGAAUCCAUUCAUUAGCAUUUUAAAACACUUUUGAAGAGAAAGUAAUUGUGGGAAAAGAACAAAACGAAACAGAAUUGUAUCGAAAAUCUCUAAAGUGACAACAUGCGCUGUGCAAUAAUCAAAACAGACAUCGCGUUAAUUGAGAGCGGAUAAGUUGUCUUGGAUCGAUACUUCCAUUCCUGAGUCAGAUCUGAAACAAGCAUUCUUCUCUCUUCCUCAAGCUCUUUGUUUGACCCAACACUUCUCAAGCUUUACUUUUACUGGCAUUCUCCCUUCCCAACCCCCUCCCCCACCUUUCCUCUCUUGAUCUAAUACUCGAACGUGGUGAUAAAGAGAAAAGUCCAUCAAAAAAAAAGAAGAAGAAGCUAUUCAACCCGUUUACAAGAAGGAAAGCUUCCUUAGGUUGUGAUAAUGUGGAAUAAAACGCUGUAUGAAGUUAUAGAGAUAAGCACGGGGAAGGGGGAGGGGGUUAAAAUGGGUAUUUUAUAUGAUGAAGAUGAAUGAAAUCUGCCAGCAUGAGGGAUACGUGCCAUCCUGGAUUUGGGGGAGGUGGGUGGGAGGGGAGGGAUGAUUUUAGAAGUUGAGGAUUGCUGAACCUGCCUGCCUUUUGAGAGACUGAAUCCCUAAAGAAUUCAGGAGACUCCGAAGAAAUGAAAACUGGAAUUAUUUGGAAUGUUUUUGCAAGUUGCAUGAUAGCAAGAAAAAAUAAUGAAAUGGAGGCAUAGAUUGGGGGGGGGGAAUAUGGAGGAAUUAUCUAAAUGGAGGAUAAAAUGUUAAUUUUAGCUGCCUUGUAUUCACAUUUAACUUUCUUUUCAAUAUCUUCAUUUAUAACCUGAGCAAUCUUUCUCCAAAAGUCAUUAUUCUUUAGCUUCUCCCCUCCCCCCUUUUUAAAAAAAUUGAGAAACUAAUUCAAUGAAUUUAAAUUACAUAUUUCCAUCCUCAACCCACCUUAGAGAUCGUGUACAAAAACCCCACAGAAAGGGUACUGUCCAUGUGAGGAUAAAGAAUUUUACUUACAGAACAGAAAUCUCUCUAGGCAGGAUGAAGUUAAGAUAGAAAAUUUAUUUAUUUAUUCCUGGCAAUAGAAUCUUUUUUCUGUGUCACAUUUGCUUAAUAUUCCAAUGGGGGGGGGGAGGGAAUCAUAUAUAUGCAUGUAUAUGAUAGAAUUGGAAAUUUUUCUUUGAUCAUUUGCAGAACUCAACUAGAUCUAUCCAGUUACUCUGGUUAUGUACAAUAUUUUUUCCAUUGGCUAAUAUGAACAUAUCAAUAUCUUUGAAUAAUAGGAUAUGUUGCUCUGUACUGUUCCUUCCCCUCCUUCCUAACAUUUUAAUCCUUUUUAAAUUAAUUUUAAAUGCACUUAUAUAGAGAUUUAAUUUCCAGCUUUCUUUGAUGUUGUAGUAUGACUUUCCUUCACCUAACCAAAUAAUACCAUCCAAUUCUGCUUCUUUCUAAAGCAGCAAAAUCCAAGUAACAUAAGAUAAUUAAAUUAAUAGGGAAUGCUUUCUAAAUAGAAUGCUAUUGAUGCCAUAAAUUGAGUUAAUGUAACUGAAGUUCUGUUUUCAAGAGUUUGUUGCUGUUCUGCUUUCAAAAGUUUGUUGAAAGUAGACAGAAGAUAAUUAUCCUUCAAGUGACAAAGCAUUAGCCGUAUAGCCAGAAUACAGUAAUUGUAAUCACUCAGAUAGGAUUUCAGACACAGAAAAUAGAAACUUUUUGUCAGAACCUCUAGCAAGACAAUUGUAUGGGACCAAGAUAACAAAUUGCAUCUAGAUGUUAGCACUUGCUGUUUCCUACUAUUAGGAUUAAUUAAUUACAUGUCUCGUAAUUCUCAGAAUCAAAGAAGAGGGAGAGGUAAAGGUUAAAAAUUAUUAAGAAACUAAUUAUUAUUUACAUUAGUGAUAAUCAUGGAGUCAAAGUAUUCAAAGGUGGUUUUUCCAGGCAACUGGGCAAUGUUGCAACCUGGACCACAAAUAAGUGAUCCAUUAUUAGAGGUCCAGCAUGUGAAAUAGAAAACAAAAUGUUGCUAUUUGACAAUGACCUGUGUCCAGUCAUUCCCUGCUGAACAAAGGUUUAACAAGUUUGGCAUAGGAAAAAUCCAUUUUUUCCCAAUUGUGGUUAUCAGUAGCCAAAUUAUGAAUGAACCACCCAAAUAUUAUUUUCAAAGAUUGAAGCACUUUGGCAGAUGGAAUGGCAUAUCUAACAGACUUUGUAUUUUUUGGAAGGAUCAAUUUCUUUUCUUAAGUAGAAGUAAAAAAAAGUAGGCAAAACAACGCAUAGCAACUUUGCAAUGAAUCAGCUUUCCCUCUCCUGAUUCAAUGUCACAUUUGGAAUGUAAACCAAUUCCUUUCUAUUUGUGAGGUCAAAGUAAGGAUUGUAUUAAUGUGAGACUUUGCUGUUGCAGUUUUCAUAAUAUUUGUGCAAUGAAAUUGGAAUGAAGACUUUGUAAUUACUUAACUGAAAAAGGAAAUAUGUGACAGGCAAGUGAGAACUAAAUAGGCCUUUAGUCUUACGGCAUCAAACUGGAAAAACACUGGGACUUAGACUGCUCAUACCAUUGUGGCGUCUUGAUUUCCCUUUUGCUAUUUUCCUGACAGUAUGAAAUCAGGAUCCCUGUUUCUCCAGAGUUCAACUGUUCCUGCUGCUUUAGGGCUUGUUUCUCUACUUUCGGCUUGGGCUGUCUAGGGAGCUGCUGUGUUGUAUGAUGCAACCCUUCAGAAAUGCCUGUCAUAGGUCUGGAACCCAAGUGCUGAGGUGAUGGACCGGAGGGGAGUCUGGCAGGUCUGGCCAAGAAUUUAGUCAAGAUUUUCAACAUAGACAAUUUUGAGCCAACCAACUAGCUUGCCAACACAACAGCUGCUCUAUUGUAAUCAAACAGCUAAAAUAUGCCCUUUGAAUUUUUCUGAAUUUCCCUUCCACAAAAGUACUGGUUUUGGAUAAGAUGGGUAUUAAUAAAUGGGGAAGAAGAGUCAACCGAGAUUGUCAGGAAGAAAGAUUAUUUUUCUAGUUCUAGCACUUAUUGUACAUUAAGUUGAGGAUCUCGGCACUCAGAUAGAUUUCUAUAUAGAUGACAACUUUGGUUCUUUUGUAGGCAAACUCAUACAGCUUUGAUUUCUCUCUUGAAAGUUCCAGAAUACUAAAGCAGAAAAGAAGGCAUGGAUGGAUUUUGAGUUGAGGAUAUAUAAGGUAAAAUUCUGUCCCCCCCAAAAAGACUCCCACCUCUAUUCUAUUGAUAGGGAGUUCAACUCUGCUCAAGUCGAGCAGAAUCUUAGCACUUCUCAUGGGUUAAAUCCUAAAUCUUAAAAGAAGGGAACAGUCGCUUACCCAAGGUGGCACAGAGAACAAACUCUCCUGGCCCUUUCUGAGUUGUACUGCUUUUCCUCCUCUAGCACUUAGAUUGAAGCGCUUCGCUCUUUUUCAAAGCACUCAUCAAACAUGCCUUUUCAGCUUCUUAACACUGGUUAAGUUACCCUAACUUAUUAAUCGCAGAAAUGAGAGAGUUUUAAACACAUAGAGAGCAACAGUUCUCCAACUAGUAGCCUAUGAGGGCAUUUAUAGCUGGAAUACUUAAUUUCUCAAUAGCUUAGAAUCUUUUUAAAAAGAUGGCUAAUAGGGUUUGGGUGGGGUGGGGGUGUUAUAUUUCUUAUCUCAGUAUUUGUUACCUGCAUUGGUCAUUGUUUAGUCUGCAUUCUUGUCAUUUAACAGGCCCAUACAAAGAUUUAGAGUCUUCUUGAGAAAAAAAUUAAAUAGUUUCCUUUGUAAUGUGCUGCCAAAUCCCCACAUUUGGACUACCAGCAGUGUGAAUGACAUAUAUAUGACAGUUUUAACAUUUUAGACAAAGGGAAAAAUGUGCAUAAAUCUUGAAAUGUGAGAUCUGUCUAAAAAAAUUGGAUCCUAGCAAUCUUUAUUAUUUGUCUCGGCAUUUUUCUGAAUAUGAAUUCUGAGUAUUUGCUAUUUAGUAAUGUAGAAUAAUACCACUGAUUUAUUUUUCAAUUUGUGUCCUAUUAUUUUUUCCCCAUCUUUGUGAAUGAACACAAAAUCUGCAAAUGACUGAUAUUUCAGCCCUCCUCUGAAGUAUUUAUAUUGCUCUGGGAAUUUAUAUCGAGAAGUAGCAGGACAUAUUUAACUAACAAUCCUACAAACCUGUAAAAUUCUCUGCAUUUUAGCUUCUUAUUUUGCAACAUAUAGUCUACCUUUCAACUCUUAUUGGACUUGGCAUAGAAACAGGCAAUUCAGAGAAAAUGUGAGAGGCCUUUUCUCAAUAAACAUGGCCUAUUAAGAGAUACUGUACUGCUUUCUCUCUGAAUAGAACAAGGUACAUGUUGCAUAGCUUGUAAUUUAAGUAGCUAUGGUACUCUGUAAAGAAUUAGCAACAGAACAGAAAUUACUUUUCUUUACUAAGCAAUAUCCCUACAUAUAUCUAGGCAUAACUUUUUCCCUUUUAAGUCAAUCCAUAAUACAAAGAUAUAUUCUUAAUUUUCUAGCAGUGAUUGAAAAUGUGUAUCUUGCACAAAAAACUUUCUCACAACUACUGACCCCAACAAUUUGACAAAUCAAACAUUGCUGAAGUUUUUAUUUACUGGUAUAUGUUUUUGUGUGUCUGCGCAUAUACCGUAAACACAUUCUCUAAAAGUCUAGAAAAUUUGAUGUAGAAAUGAAAAAAGAAUGACUUCCAAAUCUUCAUUCAGUUAAGCAUUUUUCCUCUAAUAUUAUAUCAGCACUGUCAUUCACAAAAGGUGCCUUUUGAUAUUUUACAGACUGGGCACAUAGCACACACAAUCUUUCAUUUUGAUUCCAUGAAAAAACAACAUUAAAGAUUUCACAUAUCCUGGCUAAAGUUUGAAAGAGUGCAGAUAGAAUUUCCUGACCAUGGAUUUAAGUAGGUCUUUCUACAGUGGAAAAUAAGUAUAUGACAUGAAUAGGAAGAAUGUAUCAGAUUAAUAAUGCCCAGCUAUAAAAUCAUUGGCUUUAGAGCUAUUCUGUAAAAGCAGAAAAAAAAGAUAGGACUAUGAGAAGUUUCAUUUAAAAAAUAGUAGGGAUUAGUAGUUCUCCAGAAAAUGAAAUUAAAAUGCUAGAAAAGGAAUUUAACAAUAAUGGAACUAUGGGAAUAGCAACGUGCAAAUUUAUUUGAGACAGGAAAUUCAUUAAUCUACCUCUGUAACAUCUGCUUGAGAGAAAUUCUUCUUAUUGUAGUAACUUUUAUUAUUAUCUAAUAUCUAGUAGGCCUUAGUUUCAACCAUUCACCAUGACAAAGAACAUCUCAUCAAGAACCAACAAAAUCCUCUUUCCUUAACCAUCUCUCCAUAACGCAUGGGGAGAUGGGUAGCAAACAAUUUAAUAAAUAUAUAUAUAUUUUAAAAAAUUGUUGAUUCAGAGAAGGCACUGAUUUGUGGCUAUGGUUAUCAGAUUCUUAAUUAUAUUCCUCUUUCAGACAGAGAUAUAGUACAAUGCCACAUACUUUAGUAUGUAUAAGUCCUUCCUUGCUAUAAAUACAGAGAUCAGAAAUGCAUGGGAGAGCUAUUUUUUAAUACCUGUAAUUUUUUGUUCAUAACUUUGCUAAGCUGCAAGGAUGGAACACACACACAUAUACACACACACACACGCCCUGUGAAAACUGAGAUAGCGAUGAUCAAACAGUAGGAUUAAUAGUAGGAUUUACAAAUGAGUAUUUUCCAAUGUCCAAUCAAGAAAAAGUUCUGCCCUAUUUUGUUGGCGUGCAGGGAAAAGAGGCUGAAGGUAUUAUACUACAAUAAAAAAAAUACCUGAAAGAACUGUAUUACAUUCUUAAGCCAAUUUGUUGAAGUUAGUUAUUAGAACUGUUACAAUUCUAAAUAGCUUAUUAAAUACCAAAACGUUCCACUAUAAGCAAUGAAAGGAAAAGCUUUGCUUUCUCUUGUAGGUAGCAUUGUAUUAAGCCACUUCAACCUGCUAUGGCUAAUGUGCAUCAUGAUGAAGAGAGAAUAUUCUACUUGAAUUUUACAUGCAAAGAUACACAUCAUAGUGGAGCAAAUAUGAUUUGCCCUUUUGUCCAUCUAUUAGUAUAGUUAGUUACUGUCUCUUUAGUAAUAGUUUCCUACUGGCGCAAAGGUCCAAAGCCAUUUGGGAUUCUUUUGGGACAUGCAAAUUGAUCCUAUGAAUGUUUACUUAAGAUACAAACCAUGUUAUUUCAGUGGCACUUAUUUGCAAUAAGUGUUUAGGACUGUAGCCUUAGGCAACAAUGAUACAGCCCAUACAAUUGUAUAAAAACAACUCUUCUGAAAGAUCAUAAUUUCCUAUUCAAUGCUGACUAACAUUUACCGGCCACAUUAAAUAUAACAGACUGAAUAGCUGGGUAAGUCUUUUCUGAACUAUGGAUGCUUUCUUUCUGGGAUUUGGGUGGUUUGAUUCCCUGCUUCUUCUACUGCCCAAUGGUGCUAAACUAGAAAGAUAAGAUCCAACGUAUCUGCUACUAAUAGGUUUUUCCAAUGGGACAGUAUUUUGCUUUGGGUAAUCUGACUCACAAAAGGCAGACAGGCAUAAUUAUUUCUGGAGGUGUGCUUGUAAAUAUCAGUCCUGCAAGUAUAUUAUUAUUUGCUUUGUUUAUAUUAGUGUCCAUAAAUGUCAUAGAAGGAUGUGUGACAAUAAGUAUGUGUGUGAGUGGACACAUAAUGUGCCUGCGUGUAUGAGCUGAAGAAAUGAGACUGAAGAUGAUAACAUGGGCUAAGUUUUGUUUAUUUUAAUCACAUGACCAAAAGGCCAUUCACUGGUUAAGAUUGUGUUUAUGUUUGUUUGUUUUGAUGACAUGACCAAACACAGCACUUGAACAUCAAAAAUAAAAAAUUAAAUAUUAAAAAAAAUAUAUUAAAAAAAAAAAAGAGUUCAGAGCUUUUCACUCCAGCCCAGCACCUGGGACAUAUAUAGCUGUCAUUUUAAUCUUUCUAAGCAGAAGAUUAUUGAUGGUCUUAAACAGAAGAGGCUGCCAACUAGGGAAAACUAAGAUUCCAUGACAGCAUGUUAUGGUGCGAUAUAGUAAUUUUGGUUGGGAAAAGGCACAAGGUGGUUUUGGACCAUGACGGACAUUAUUCAACAGGAACUGUUGUACUUGAUCAGUGAAUUCAUUCGAACCUCUUCACCAUCACCCUGACCUGCUGCCUUUUUCUACAAAAUGGAUGCUGGUUCACUUUGGAAGUAACAUAGGCAGUCCCAUCACAACAUAUGGAAGCCUCAGAGACUUUGCAGGAGUGAAGCAGAGCGCCUGGACUUAAAAAUGUUGAAUGUUCACUGUAAAAAUUUCUGUACUGAGAGACUGCUUUGGGCUAAGGUACCAUUUGCACUAUGGAAGGUUAAAGAAAAUUUUUAAGAGAAUAGGAGGGGUUUUCCCUUUUAUGAUACACCCUAGAGCUGAAGAGAUACUUUUAUGUCUGUGUUUUCUCUUUUUGUAAAGACAGUAUGCGAGGACUAGUAUGUAUGAAUUUUGAUGUAGCUCCCUCUCUGAGGAAGAAAAUUUGCUAUGUAGUUCUGCAAACAUAACAAUCAUAUGUUUUAUCUAACUUCCAAGUCACAAAGUGUUUUGUUACCACUAAAUCCAACUCUAAUAGGAUUAUAUUUUAGUUCUCCACAGAUUGUAUUUAGGUAAACCAUACUAUUACAUCUUUCUGAAAACCCUAAAUAAUUAAAGAAAUAGCCAGUUAAUGUCCAGCUAGGCUGUGCUUCUGCUGAGUUGUCAUGAAUAAGAGAGAAGACACUAUGAAAUCAUUAGUCUGGAAGAAAGGGCUAAAGCUAACGUUUACAAUAACUAACUACUCCUAAGUUAUUAGGAAAUCAGGAGUAAACAAAAUGCACCCCUUUCCUUUUUUGCAAUACUUUUUUUAAAAAUAUUUCAAUAUACAUCUAGUACUUAGGACGCCUAAAACCCUUUGCAGACUUCUUCACCAACUCUGGUGUAAUUUUAAGUUACAUUGGUUUACCUAUAUGUCUCAUCAAAAGAAGAGGGCUUCUCAUUCAUCGGUGUUGUGAAUUUUAAUUGAUAUGUUUAAAGGUUUAAAGAAUUUGCAAAGGAAGGAAAUGCUAAAGGCAUAAGAAGGAUUAUGUGGUUUAAUACCAAUUUAUAUUUUAAAAAAGCACCAGUCUUGUUAACCUCUUGCUGAUAUUUUUAAGUUACAUUUUUUUCAUAAUUCCAUCUUAUUUGUCACUGUUGAAAAUCUAUUUCUUAAAGGACUUCAUUGCAUUUAUGAAAUGCACAAAAUUCUUGAUUUCAGUUAAAACAAUGACAUUAAUUAUGAAAUUAAUAUGAUGUUAUACUAGAAAAACGAUUUUCCGGUUUAGCCGGAAAACGUUCCCAACUAUUAUUCAGUUCCAAAAAUGAAAAAUAUGCUAAUUCUGUUCAAUAGGGUUUAUUGAGUAUGAACAUAGGAAUUAAACUGAGAGGGCACUCAUUUAUGAGAAGAUGAGAUCAGAACUGGUAAUUUUAACAACUCUUUUUUCAUACACAUAUUCGAAAAAAGAAAUUAGAGGAAAAAUUACUGCCUUGGCUAUUUCUCCUCAAUGUUGUAUAAACUAAAUUUGUUCUGUAUCUGGCUCUAGUCUGUUAAGUAUAUCAUAAUAAUUGCUUCUGUUCCAA